AAGAUGGAGUUCCGUGGGGCUUCUCUCCUCUCGCCUCUCCCCGGGCUGGAGGGAGAGUUUGGCUUUUGCAAGGGUGCAGGAAAGAGACCCUUGGUGUCCUUUGCGGACGUAGCUGUGUUCUUCAUGGAGGAGGAAUGGACUCUGCUAGAUCCAGGCCAAAGAAAACUCUUUUGGGAAGUGAUGGAGGCAAAUUAUGAGACCGCGGCAUCUCUGAGAGACUGGAUUUCUCAGAAGGACUUGCAAGCGCUAGAGAGAUCAACCCUACCUUUUCCUGGUGCCCAGGGCACAGUUUUUCCUCGAGACGGUGACAAAAAUGUAUGGAAUAUGGAGUUCCAUGGGGCCUCUGUUCUUUCUUGUUUGCCCUGGCUGGAGGGAGAAUUUGGCCUUGGCUUGUCUGCAGGAAAGAGAUCUCCAAUGUCCUUUGAGGGGCUGGCUAUGUUCUUCACAGAAGAGGAAUGGGCUCUUCUCAAUCCAGGGCAAAGAAAACUCUACUGGGAUGUUACAGAGGAAAAUUAUGAGACUGUGGCCUCUCUGGUUGCAUCUGUGAGGGAGGAGGGGAGUGAGAAGGAAUCGGGAAGGAGCAUUGUGGAAAAAGGCAACAGUCUGCCGGUGGCAGCAAAACCUGGGGAUCAAGUGGUACCAAAGAGAAAGUGCAAAAGGAUAAGGGGCCCAGAACAGAAGCAAAGGAAGGAAUUGAUUGCCUGUGAGAGCAGAUCUAAGCCUGAGGACCCAGCCCAAGAUGAAACAGGGAAGAGAAAGAGAAGGCCUAGCGGUGACACGAACCAGAAAGGGUUCAACAGCAAAUUCAAUGCUAAAACGUAUCACAGUGUUCCAGCAGUCUCGGAAAGGUAUAAAUGCACAGAAUGUGGCAAGUGUUUCCGUGGGAGAGGUAAUCUAACUAUACAUCAAAAGAUACAUACUGGGGAGAAGCCGUUUAAAUGCUCGGAGUGUGGACAGUGCUUCUAUCGGAAAGAAAGCCUAACUGCACAUCAAAAGAUUCAUACUGGGGAGAAGCCAUAUAAAUGCUUGGAGUGUGGGAAAUGCUUCUGUCUUCAGGGUUACCUAACUACACAUCAAAAGAUUCAUACUGGGGAGAAGCCAUACAAAUGCUUGGCAUGUGGAAAGUGUUUCCCUCAAAGUAGCCAGCUAACUUCACAUCAAAGGAUUCAUACUGGAGAGAAGCCACAUAAAUGCUUGGAGUGUGGGAAAUCCUUCUGUCAGAAAGAUGAACUAAUCAAACAUCAAAGUGUCCACACAGGGGAGAAGCCAUAUAAAUGCUUGGAGUGUGGAAAGUGCUUCUCUUGGAGACAGAGGCUAACUAUACAUCAAAAGAUUCAUACUGGGGAGAAGCCAUAUAAGUGCUUGGAGUGUGGAAAAUGCUUCUCUCAGAAUAGUAGCCUCACUAAUCAUCAAACGGUUCACACAGGGGAGAAGCCAUAUAUAUGUUUGGAGUGUGGUAAGUGCUUCUCUGUAAGUAGCAGCCUAAGGAUGCAUGAAAGGUUUCACACAGGGGAGAAGCCGUUUAAAUGCUUGGAGUGUGGAGAGUGCUUCCAUCGGAAGGACCGCCUAACAACACAUCAAAGGAUGCACACUGGGGAGAAGCCAUUUAAGUGCUUGGAUUGUGGAAAGUGCUUUUCUGUGAGUAGCACCCUAAAAACACAUCAAAAGUUUCAUACUGGGGAAAAGCCAUAUAAAUGCUUGGAGUGUGGUAAGUGCUUCUCUUUAAGUAGAAGCCUAAGGAAUCAUCAAAGAGUUCACACAGGGGAGAAGCCAUAUGAAUGUUUGGAGUGUGGAAAAUGCUUUUCUUUUGAUUCCAGCCUAAGGGUUCAUCAAAGGGUUCACACAGGAGAGAAGCCGUAUAAAUGCUCGGUGUGUGGAAAGACCUUUCCUGCACAUUCUCAGCUAUCUAACCAUCAAAGGAUUCAUACUGGGGAGAAGCCAUAUAAAUGCUUGGAGUGUGGAAAAUGCUUUUCUGAUAAUGGUCGCCUAACCAAUCAUCAGAAGAUUCAUACUGGGGAGAAGCCUUAUAAAUGCUUGGAGUGUGGAAAGUGCUUCUCCCAGAGUAGCCACCUAUUUGAACAUCAAAAGAUUCAUACUGGGGAGAAGCCACAUAAAUGCUUGGAGUGUGGAAAAUGCUUCGCUCAGAAAGGUGGCCUAACCAUACAUCAUAGAUUUCACACAGGGGAGAAGCCGUAUAAAUGCUUGGAGUGUGGAAAAUGCUUCUCUCAGCUUGGCCACCUAACGACACAUCAAAAGAUUCAUACUGGGGAGAAGCCAUAUAAAUGCUUGGAGUGUGGAAAGUGCUUCUCUGAAAAUGCCUACUUAAGGACGCAUCAAAAGGUCCAUACUGGGAAGUCAGGCUGA